AUGGAUGUUGAGUGCAUCUUGGCCUUGGAGAACCACGGACUAUCGGCAGAAGGUAUUCUCGGUGAGGAAGGUGAGGAUGUUAAAGAUCGAGUGCCGCCUCAAUUCCUGAGCAAGACCACAGGUAACAUAGUCACAAAAAAUAAAUCUGCCGACGACAAUUUCCUUCGGAGAGUUGUCCUCGUGUUGCUUGGAACAGUUCUUGCUCCCAUGUCGAGCAAGACUGUACCAAAGCAAUAUUACACAUUGGUGGACGAUGUGAAGCGUAUAUCCAAGAUUAAUUGGAAUGCAUUCACCCUCCGGGUUCUGAUGGACUGCCUUCGCAACGUGAGGAAAGGCAAACACCUCCGCCAAUGGCCGAGAGGGAACUUAGCUCUCCUGCAGUACGUGUACUGGGAGAAGGUUCAGCCUCUGGAAGGUGAAUGCGCAUUCAAUCCUAGCUUGUCCAUGGAACCUCUAAUGAGGAAUUGGACUGAAGCUGCAGCCUCAAGGAGAGACAAGUUUGAUUAUGACCACGACCGUGGCCUUGGUAACAUCAAGAUUGAAGACAACAUAACCAAGGAGUAUAGGGCGCAGGAGCGCAAAGUACCCGAACCAGAAAAGCCAAAAAUGAAGCCCGCCGUUGGUGCGGCAAAGAAGUCCAAGUUAGCCUCAAACACGGACGAGAUGAUGAACCUCAUCAUGAAGCGGUGUAUGGAUUACAUACGCAGCCAAAUGAAGGAAAUACCGGAACAAGUAGCCGAGAGAUUGUUAGAGAAGUUGAACCAAAAUGGUGUGAUGUACAAGCCAGCGGCUGCUGCGGCUUCCGGCAACAACGAUGCCGACCUAGAAGUGGAUUCCUUUGAGAAUGAGCCGGUGAUUGAUUUGACACAGCCUGACGAGCCUAUUGUAAACCAGAACAACGAUGAUGAGGAAAAAACACCUGCCAAGUUAAAUGUUGACAAGACAACGAAGCCUACUGAUGAGUGCGGCGCAACACCGGAGAACCCUUGGAUUGUAGGUAAUUCUCCUCGAGCAGAAUCGUCCGACAUUGACAUUUCUGCAAGUUCUAUCGACAGGAUGGUGGGUAAGAGCAAGGGGAAAAAGUCUGCAGCAACCGCAAAAGAAGACGAUGUUAUAUCCGGGAAGCGCCGACGGACUGUUCCCAAGAAAUUUGAAUCCCCCUUUAAACUUGACAAGCCCGGCAAGCGAAGCGCUCGCGCUCUGUUUAGUGACAAUGACAUGGAAGGCUUUGUUAAGGACGAUUUGACACCGGAACUCAUCGAUGCUGCUGUUGCGUUUGUGGAGGCAGCUGCUCGGCCUGAGAAUAAUAUGACAAAAAGAGUUUACUACAAUGAACGUGGCACCUCUGUGUCACCUAUGAAAAUAAAAUGUUCUAUGAGCAGAGCUGGAGCAGUACGUAGGGUUCUGGACGAGUAUACCGUCCGUGAUAAGUCGUUUAUCCCGUUGAACGUCGGCAAUACACACUGGAUCACCGUGGUGAUGCACAACCUCAAGAAAGAAUUCCGAGUUUUUGAUUCGCUCUAUCCUCUCGAGUUCUCUCUCGACACUGUGAAAGCACUGCGACUAGCAAUAGCAAUUGAUAUGGAAGAGGCAAACCGUAUUACACCUGGCAAAUAUCCAGACGUCACUAAGUGGCCUAUCAUACCUCAGAUCGACAUGCCACUACAAGAGGACGGGAACUCUUGUGGCCUUUUUGUGAUUGAAGUUAUGGAGCGUUGGGACGGGGAUCGAUGGACCGCUGAUUUUACCCAGGGCACCAUUAAUGCAAGGAGAAGGCGUCUCGUCGCCGAGUUGGUUCUCUCGCCUACCAACACGCUUGAAUGUGUGAAGAACAAAAUCCGCGACAUCGCAAAGAAAAGCAAGGCGUGA